AUGGGGAUCUUCCGGGUUUUCCUGCUAUUCUCGCUCGCUUCCCCGCUUUGGGGGCAAGGUGGGUGCGACGACCCCGGUCCGACCGAGGUUGGGUCGAUCCGACCGAGGUUGGAGGUGACCUACCUCCGCAACUACGGGGAACUGGUGAUCGCCCUGGAGCAAGGUCACCACGUCACGGCCAUCUUCAACUCCCGACUCUGCACGGGCGACUCCGAGGACGGUGACCCGGUGAUGGUGGUGCCGCUGGACCCGUGGAGUCGGCAGGCGACGACGGACGGCACCAUGGACUUCGUCACCUUCAACCACCAGCUCAUUGACGGCGAUGGGAACUUCGUGCUGAUCGCGGGAAGCGCGGAGGCCGCAACGGGCAACGCGACCGCCAUCCUCGUGAACAUCAACACCAUGAACGCGAGCAUCGUCCAGAAGACGACCUACAACUGCAAGAUCAACGAGGGCGCCUACUUCGUCCAGAAGCGAUACUUCCAUCCCAGCGAGUCCCUGACGAGCUACCUGCAGCUGAGGGGCGCGCUGCUGAACGGCGAGCACGUGACGUCGGUGGGGUACGGCGAACGAUGCAGCAAUCCCUUCCCCGGGUACCGGAUCGCCCAGGGCGGCUCCUUUCACCUUCAAUUCUACAUACAAAAAAUUGGAAGACUUAGAUUUUUAUCCUUUUGGAUCGGGACAGAUGAUGCGGGCGAAGAGUACAUCCUUCUGGAAUACAGCAGCCUCGCCCUGUUCCCCGAAGACUCGCUCAACUUCCUCAGCAUCCAGAUGAAGGUGAGGCAGAACGGGCGAGUGGAGAUCGUGAACAGCGCCUACGACAUCCAAACGUGGGAGAACGAGUAUCCCUUCGCGGAUCCGCUGCAGUGCGACAUCGACGUGUCCGUCGGGUUCUACCGAGUUCCGGGUAAAAUCUUUUUGCAGUCUGCCAGAUCUCAUCAAACGUCCCCUUACGAAUAG